AUGACCGAACAAGAAGAAUGGAUUACUUCUAGAGACAAUGUUCCUAUUUAUACCAAAACUUGGAAGACAGUUAAAUCACCAAUAGCUACGAUAGUUUUUGUCCACGGUUUUGGAGAAAAUAUUAAACGUUAUGAUUAUGUAUUCUCCAGAUUUUCCAAAAUGAAUAUUGAAGUUUAUGCAUAUGAUCAACGUGGUAAUGGCGAAACAGCCUUGAGGAAUAAAAAUCCUGGUAUAACAGGUGGUUUUGAAGUACUCACUGGUGAUGUUACUGAUGCUCUAGUAGCCAAAAGAAAACCCGGAAUUCCUCAAUUCUUGAUGGGUCAUAGUGAAAUAGUAUUUAAUUAUGCAUGCGUUGGACCUGAAAAGGAUAAUUUAUGUGGUUACAUUAUUUGUUCACCAUUUUUUCAACAAGGUGAUAAAACCAAAAAACCAGCAUUUUUAACUUUUACAGUUGUGGCACUUAGUAAAGUGAUACCAAAUCUCACUAUACCUGUCAAUCUUGAUCCUAAAUAUUUGAGUCAUGAUCCGGAAAUAGUUAAAAGUUAUGUCGAAGAUCCAUUAAACAAUGGAGUUGGUUCUUUGGAAACACAUAUGGCAACCGUACCAAAAUUUCUAGUAAAUAAUAAGAAAUAUGAAGAUAUUACUUUACCAAUUUAUUUUUCUCAUGGUUCAGAAGAUCAUAUAACUAGCCCCACAGCUUCCAAAGAAAUUUUCGAAAAAAUUACUGUAAAUGAUAAAACUUAUCGUGAAUGGAAAGGACUUUAUCAUGAAUUACAUAAUGAAUAUGAAAAGGAUCAAGUGAUUGAUGAAUACAUUAAAUGGAUUAUUGAUCAUGUAGCCAACAAAACUACUAAUUAA